UUACGGAAGAUGACGUCAGCACGUCCGCAGCCUAGCAGCAGAAAAGACGGCGUAAACAAAGCGGACAGCUAUAAACCAGCUAAGUAGCUAAUGCUUCGUGAGCAAUUAUCGCUUAUUUAUGAGGACAUAUUUUAGUCAAUGGCGAGCAGAGCUUUUAUUCGGACGGUAACUUGACGUGUAGCAUGUGUGCUGAAAACUAAACGAGUUAACAAAGCCACCGUUAUCGCUAAGCUAACUGGAUAAGCUAACCCUCAGAUAACGGUACACGUAUUGUGUAUUUUUGGAAAUUGAUGUUAUCUCAAAUAACGUCUGUCUAAAACGUAAUACAGCAUCUUAAAUAAUCAAUUGAAGAGCUGCCAAUGCUGUCACGAGUUUGCUCAUUAUGCAGCUUAGUUUAUUAGUACAAUCGGCUAGUUGUCGACACUAAACAGGGCUGGAAGGUGGUGAGACGCUUCUGGCUAGAUGAACACUUGAUUGCAGUCAUCUCCACUCGGACUGCGAUGUUUAGCCUGAUGGCGAACUGCUGUAACUGGCUGAAACGCUGGCGAGAGCCUGCAAGGAAAGUGACUCUAGUGAUGGUGGGACUGGAUAAUGCAGGGAAGACCGCCACAGUACGAGGAAUCCAAGGAGAAAAUCCCCAGGAUGUGGCUCCUACAGUGGGUUUUUCCAAAGUCGACCUUAAGCAGGGCAAGUUCGAGGUGACCAUCUUCGACCUGGGUGGCGGGAAGAGAAUCCGGGGCAUCUGGAAGAACUACUACUCGGAGUCGCACGGCGUGGUGUUUGUGGUGGACUCCAGCGACGUGCAGCGGAUCCAAGAGACACGGGAGACCAUGGCCGAGGUCCUCCAGCACCCGCGCAUCGCUGGCAAACCAGUGCUAGUGCUCGCCAACAAACAAGACCAGGAGGGAGCGCUGGCUGAAGCAGACAUCAUCGAGAACCUGUCGUUAGAGAAGCUUGUUAACGAGAACAAGUGUCUCUGUCAGAUCGAGCCGUGCUCUGCAGUCCUGGGCUACGGCAAGAAGGUUGACAAGUCCAUCAAGAAGGGCCUGAACUGGCUCCUAAGCAACAUUGCCAAAGACUACGAGGCCAUUACUGAGCGCGUGCAGAAGGACACGGCCGAACAGCACGCUCAGGAGGAGCAGGACAAGAAGGAGAGGGCGGAGAGAGUGCGGCGGAUACGAGAGGAGAGAGAGAGGCAGGAGCGGGAAGAGGCAGAACGUGAGGGCAGGCAGAUCCAGGAAGAGGAUCCUGAUGACGAGAACAUGCCCAGCCCCUUCCAGCCAAUCGGAAACGUCAUCUCAGAUAACGAGGAGAAAGAAAAGGAGAAGAAGAGGCAAAGAGAGCCCCAGGAGGGCAGGACCAACAGCCUGAAGGCAGACGCUGAUCAAGAGGAAGAGGAGGACGAGGAGGACAACGACGAGGAGCCAGACGACACGAGACAAACGCCAGAGAACACCAGCUCAGGUACGACAGGCGAGCAAAGCAAGAAGAAGACAAGGAAGCUGCACCUGAAGAGGAAGCACCGGGUCGACCCACUGAGGGCAGAGGACGCGCCGGCAGAGAGCCCCACCCCGCCACCCCUUCCAGUCGGAUGGGCCACACCCAAAGUUUCUAGGCUGCCAAAACUAGAGCCACUCGGGGACUCGAAACAUUCCGGCAUGUGUUUGAAUGUGUGUGGAUCCUUCAUGGUGGCAGAUGUCUUAAUCCAGCUCAAAGGCUUGUCUGUGUAUUCAUCCACAUUUUUCUCCCAUCUACCUCUGCGCAGCAUCUUUCCACGCCUUCCACGUCUCUCUCUUGUUGCUUUAAGUCACACAUAAAUUGACAGUUUUAUAUAUUUUUUUUAAAUUACAGGACUGGAUGUAGUGGAUGUAGUUUACUAACUCAGUCGAACCUUUUUUUUCCCCCUCCUCCCCUUCCGCAGAGUUUUACAAGAAGCCUCUCCCGCCUCUCGCGAAUAGGCCGCGGCCUAACGGCGACACUCACGACGUCAUUUUUUAACCUAAUUUAAUGAUCGAGGCCCUCCAAUCAUGGCUCUCCCCUUUUUUUUUUUGUUUUUUUGUUUGCUUUCUGUCUCAAGCGAGCGGUGUGUAGACCAACCAAACACACAGACACACCGCAGCCGAACCCGAGGAGGAGGAGGGGGGGGGUUGGAUGCGGCAGCCUGCGAGCGUGGUGACAAGAGGAGCGACAUGGGAAACGAAGUCCUGCUCAGAGGCCGUAAUACUGUCUGGUUUCACAGCAAUUCAGUGUGAAACGUAGAACCUGCCCGUCAGGUUCUGUCUUCACUUGACACAAGCACAUUUGGUGCUGAACUCUUUCCGCUACUGUAGGCUGAAACUUUAUAUAUAUUUUUUUGUUAAUAUCAAUGUUAGUCAGUUGUGUCCAACUGAAAUGCUUUUAAUUGACAAAGAAUGUAAAUAUGUUCAGUAUAUGAUAACCUUCUGUGUCUGUGUCUGUUACUGAAUAAUGGAUUUGUACACACGCCGCCAUUAAAAAUGACACGUUUGCUUUUGCACCUUCAGUUUUGUAGUGUAAACAAAGGUGUAAUGCAGACAGUGAACAUUGAUAUAUCGGGAUAUGGAUGAAGAGGUAGAGCUCUUAAGUGGCUUUUCACAGCUGAGUGCUUUAAAUUUGAUCUUUUUUUUUUCUUUUUUUUUAAAGUGGGGAAACAUUUUUCCUGUUUUUUUACAGCAGCAGUGAGUCAUAGCUUGAAUUGUCCUCACAGGUGAAACAGGUGAAGUGUGGGCGCACAUGAAAAACACUACAUCAUGGUUGUUAAUUGGUCAGUUUUACUAAUGCUAUGUCUUGACAUUUCACUUAAAUACUGUAAAGGUUUUAUGCCCAUGAAAAGAAAAAAAAAGAGAUUUUUUAAAAAACUGUAAUAGGGAACAAUGUGUGUCCUUUAUCACACAGCGUCAUAAAGGAUCUUUAUUUAUUGUUUUAAAAUGUAAACGUAUGAAAAUAUAUUUGUCUUUAUUUGUCUACAGGGCUACAGAUUUUGUACGCGUUCCGCUGUUUACACUGUGUAUCUGUUUUUAAAGUGAUAUUUCUCUCGAGGGAAGAAUCAGCCUCAGACUCGCUGCCUCUCAGGUGGCCCCCGAGGUGCGAGCCAGCACUGUUGUUGUUCCAGCUUUCCUGGCUCGUCUCCUGCAACCAUUUCCCCACUUUGAAAAUAGCUAAAAUUACAUCUCAAAAAGCACAAACACAAAUCAGAAAAGAAAAAAAAAAAAACACUAACUUGGAACCACUCCAUUGCCCCAGUUAAGUUUUUGUGUGUUGGAAGAGUUUGCAGUGGGAUAAUGAGGGAGGAGAAAGUAUUACUUACACCUGGAAGAGCCCAUAUUGGGUCAGAACACAUGAGAAUAAUGUGUAGCACAAGUUAGAGAGUGAAAUAUCACUUUAAAACCGCAUUAUUAUAUCUCAAAUAUAUAGUACAACACUCACUCUCUUGUUAAUGAGCUAGAUGUUUGAAAAGAUAUUUUUUCUACGCAGUUUGAAUUUUAUAACCGCACAAUUAAAGAUGUUUUAAAUAUA